GGAUAUCCCAAAUUAGCACGAUUUAUCGGCGAGCGGCCUGGUUUUGCCAUCUUUCGACGUUUCUCGGAACUCAAUGCGAGGAAUCUGCUGUAUCUUCAGGCGGAGUUGUUGGAUAUUGAGGAAGAGCUUUAUGAGACUGAGAUGGAUGAUCAGAGGGAUCAGGAUUUGAGGCAAUUGCAAUUUAGCAUGCGCACUCCAGAGGGCUCAAGAGCUCGUUCCCGAUAUAAGUUGUACGAGGAGAACCGCAGAUUGUUGAAGGAAUAUAACGAGAUCUUGAUCCAACAACACAAGCUAUACAGCCUUCCCCGCCCAACCCACGGUGAAGUGCGAGGUCUUCGCGAAUUCAUCUGCGACAGCCAAAUCCACGGCCACAACAACGAACAAGAAUGGCUUCACCACCCUGAAAACACCAUUUGGAGUCUGAGUAUCGACGAAAAGGCCAAAUACGAAACAGAUCAACAACGAGCAAGAGCACAUGAAAGGGCAAAAGCAACGCAGACAGAUCUCGUCAGUCUAUCUGGACAUGUGGCGCCAGAUUCGUUUACAAACCUGCUGAGGAGCAAAGUCGUGCAACGUUUUCAUGUACUGUUUGGACAUCGACUCUUGCAGGAAGAUGCAGAGUUUGGUGGUCACAUGUACCGAGGAGAAAUCCUCGAAAAGCUGGCUUUCUACAUCAGCAUCUUGUUCGCCUCAUUACUUCCUACCGCCAGUAUCAUCGCCCUCUACUAUAUCCCUGAGCUGAUCUGGAGAUUGAUCUUUAUCGGGCUCUGGAGCGCAACAUUCAGUAUUUGUUUGGCAUUCUUUACAUCCGCGAAUCGCAUUGAAAUUUUCAUGGCUUCUGUGGCU